CGCAAGGGUUCAGUUUGCUCGCCAACGCCUCGUGCCCUCGUCGCCGUCGCCGACGCCGUAGUGGGUUUUCUCGCCUUCCUCAUCGCUCCGUCGCCGUCCCUAUCCUUCCGGCGGAGAAUUGGGCGGCCCCCUCCCCGUCGCCUCUUCCCUUCCGUCGAAAGCGGCUUCGAUCGGCCGACAUCUCAGUGCUAGUAUAUUUUGAGAAAAUGGAUCCUGAGGACUCCAGUGAGUUUGAGGAAGAAGAAGAAGAAGAAGAUGAUGAUGAUGAUCUGAUGCUUUUCAUCUUGCCAGCUUUAUAUCUAGCAACUACUGAAACUGAAACUGAAACUCCACGCCAACCAUCAAAGCUUAGUGAUGCUACUGGAAUUAAAACUACAGGUCAAGCACCAGUGUUUGGUGAUGCAAAAUGGAUUUGCAAAGUGCUUGAAGAUGACCGAGGCCAAGGCUAUGUCACAGCAAUGACUGGUGAAUUCGUCAAGCCACCUUCAACUCAAACCCACUGGAAAAUAUCAUCUGAUCCAUGUUAUGGCGCUUACUUUGAGAAUUGUAUUGGAGCAAUUGAUGGAAUUCAUGUCCCUAUGACACUAUCAGAUAGUGAAGCAGCUCCAUACCGAAAUAGACAAGAAUCCGUCUCUCAGAACGUGAUGCUUGCUUGUGAUUUUGAUUUGAAUUUCGUCUAUGUUUCUUGUGGCCGAGAGGGGUCUGCAUCUGAUGCAGCAGUCUUAUAUUCUGCUAUAGAAUCUGGAUUUGAAGUCCCAAUAGGCAAGUACUAUCUGGUUGAUGGGGGUUAUGCAAACACUCCAUCUUUUCUUGCUCCUUAUAUAGAAGUUCCUUACCACACUAAAGAGCAAGAGCAGAACAAUGUCCAACCACGAGACUACAGGGAGCUUUUCAAUCUUCGCCAUGCACAACUGCGUGGGCACAUAAAGCGUGCUGUAGGCCUGCUGAAGAUGCGAUUUCCGAUUCUAAAUGUUGCAACAUCUUACCGAAAGGAUACUCAACUGAAAAUUCCAGCAGCGGCAGUAGUUCUGCAUAACAUAAUUCAGAGACAAGGAGGUGAUGAAGAAUUGUUGAGUGACCAAACAAUCCCAUUUGCAUCCCGUAAACCUGUGACUCUUCCUAGUGGUGAUGAUACGUAUGGCUACGAUGUUGCAGCUUUCAACAGUGAAUGCAACAUGGGCAAUGCAUUGAGGGAUGGUAUUGCACAGAGGAUGUGGGCAGAUUAUGAAAGAAGCAUGUACAUGCCUGAUUUCACAAUAGAAGAGGUUGGCCUAAAAGAAUGUCAAGGCGAGUAAAAGACCACUCAAUUUGAAGCUGCAUUUAGGUUUUAGGUGUCACAUGCUACAGGCGGUUUGUCUGAUGAUGAUGGCCAGAUCCUUGCCCCUGAUGCAUUUGCAGAUGUGAUCAAAGAUUUCUAUGGCUUCUGGUAGAAGAUGGAAGUAGUUAUGCCUUGUACCAAGUUGACUCCCACCUGUAAGCUUGCAGUUUCAUGUCCUCCAUCUGCCAAAUAAAUUAGAUGUCAAAAAAUAUGUGUAUCUGGGAAUGCUUUUAUUAAGAGAUGGAAAAUUAGGUUCAUGUCAGUGCCUGAUGGAAAAUUAGGUGCAUGUAUCAGCACUCUAUGUAGGCAUGGAGAGCUAGUUUUCUUUUGCCAUACAAUAGGUAAGCAAUACCCCUGAUGGUCUGAUGCACUUGGCGAUUUUCUUUCUUUGGCGCUACUGUCUCCGAAGUCAGAAGUUGGGCUUAGUUCUGUUGAGCUCAGGCCCUGUCUGUGUAAAGUCGGGUUCGUUACUCCAGCAGAUCAGCUCAAUUCAUGUCUUUCUGAUCGUUAAUUGUUACCAGAACAAGAUAUAGUUAGUGUUUUAUGACCAUUUUC